CUAUGUUUCACGGUGGUUGCCUACUACUAGUAGCUGUGAUAACCCUUGUUUCAUCUCUCAGGAUCAUCAUCAUUGUUUUGGCUCCCAAUGAGCCCUGCAAAGGCUGAGCGUGGAUUAUAAUUGGUCUUGAACCCAAACUAAGGAAUGAGAACCCAUAACGGAGUCGCGACCGGCCAAGUCUCCCGUGUCCGCAAUGCUGUUCAAGUUAGUACUGACUGAGUCCUCGACACCCAGGAAGUGCCAGCCUUGUGUCGAGCGGUCAACAGGGGUGACGAGCCACUUAUGGCGCAUACUGUACUUUAGGGUACAGAGGGUGCGAGCCCUACCAGGCACCUACUACUACAACCCUCGCAUUCGGUUGGAAGGCGUUGUCCAAAUGCACCAAUCAUAGUCCAAUUUCUUGUCCCAGCCCCAUCACCCCAGACGUCCAGCAAGGCUAACUUCCCCUGUUGUCCAUCACAUAGGGCGGCCUGCGAAAGAGGCGGUGAUACUACACUAUCCGACGAGCCAUGACCCAAACAGGCUGAGCCAAACUCACCGCGGACACCGCGGACAGUCUAACGGUAGGGGGCGGAAAAACGACUGGGAGCUCGCGUGUUGGAUGAAGUCGCAGCAUGGGCCCGGGUCAAACGCCGGUCACUUUCAAUGAUCGCACAGUAGCUAUGGUCUCCAGACAAUCCUCUGACUCUACGGCUAGAGUCCUCCCCGAGGCGCCGAUAGCCAGCAGAGGAGCGGCUCUCUCUCCAUGGUCUGCAACCCAUUUGUCCUUCGUUACAUCGGCCUCUAUCGUGUGAUUUUGCGGCGGCGUGACGCAGUCCGCACACCUGCAUCUUCAAGAUGUCCUAUUCCAGCUCCCGCUCCCACUCGCAGUCACAGUCGCACUCGCACUCGCAUUCCGCGUCCGCACCAAGAGUAGGUCCGAUUCCAGCAGCCUCUUCCUCUGGGUGGUCCGACAAGUAUCCCGUGGUGUCGGAAGACCAGAGAUCUCCUGAUGCCUCGUCGGGGCUCAUACCGGGCGCUUCGCCUCAAUACCAGCAGCCUAGCCCAGGGUAUUCCCAAAAAGCACAAACAUCACAGCAAUCGCAACACCAUGAGCCGGCACGAGAUGACAGUGCCAAGGAAAUUUAUGUGGAAGGCCUGGCGCCGCCGGCACGCAGGCAGAACCCAUGGGGGCUAUCACCAGUGGCAUUCGGCGCCAUCAUCGCCGUAAUCACGGCUGUCGUGGUUGGAGGCGCAGUUGGCGGAGGCAUAGCUGGCAGUGUGUCAAGUGUAUGUCCGGACUACCACAGUGGCUCCUCCAACGCAUAUACCACGACGAUCACAGCAGCAGCAGGUGGCAGCGGGACGACGGCAUCAGCUACGUCCGCAUCUGUCCUCCCUGAACCUUCCUCCGUACAGAACUACGCCGCUCUCGAGCCAUAUUACGUGGACAACUUGCAAAAUCCCAGUUGCACCCAGAACGACGAGACCAUCGAUGGCCCCUUCAACACAUCCUUCACCUUGUUCUGUGGCCUGGAUAUUGGCAACAGCUACCCAGACGAAACCCACUCUUCUCUGGUGGUGGCGGAUUUUGUCGGCUUGUUCGCGUACAGCUUGGAGGAUUGCAUCUACGCCUGUGCAAAUACCUGGCAUUUCAUGGAUCAAUGGGAUCCAGAUCAGGGAAACGGGAACAUUCCGGUUUGCAAGGGGGUUACCUGGAGGAACAAUCUGGCCGAGAGCAACAGCACCUUAAGCGCCAAUUGCUGGCUUAAAAAUGGCACAUCCACAGGUGAAUCAUGUAACAUCUGCUACAGCGCAAAGCUGUUCAACAGGGAAGGUUCUGCAUUAUAGAGUGACGUUGUCCCAGCCCGUUUCUUCAAUACAAUGUUGACAUAUUUGUCUUCGUCCUGUGACCGGGGAGCAGCGAUUUUGGAUAAUAUAUUAAUGACCCAGGAUUGAUAGUGAGGAAAGGUGGAUAUUAGAGCUUGACCUUUGCAUCCCAGAUAACUGGUUCCACGCCGGCUUCUGCUCCGGAUCAACACUGAAGUGAAUCCCAAACAGAGAAGCUCGGGAUAUAUGAAGCUC